AUGCCGGAUCACGACGUGGUCUCUUGGAACUCGCUCAUCACACUCUAUGCCCAGUCCGGGCAUCUUGAGCUUGCCACGAACACGUUUGAUAGGAUGUUGUUCCGCGAUCUUGUCUCGUGGAGCGCGAUGAUCGCGGCGUUUGUGGCGGCCUCCCGGAUCCGCGACUGCCAGGCUAUGUUCGAUCACGUCCCAGAGCGCCAGAAUGGAUUCCUGGAAGAAUCGGACAGGGCGUUCCAUCGUCUCCCCUUCACCAACGCAGUGGCACGAACGACGAUGAUCUUGGUGAAUGCUCAAAGAGGGGAUUUGGCCACCGCGAGAGAGAUCUUUGAUACCAUGCCGGAUCAGGACGUGGUGGCGUGGACGGCGAUGGUGCAAGCUUACGGCCACCAAGGCUUCGUCGCCCUCGCGAAGACCAUCUUCGAUCAAAUCCCGGAGAAGAAUCCAGUCUCGUGGAGCGUGAUGCUCCUCGCGUAUGCCGAGAAUGGGCACUUCGACGAGGCCGUCCACGAGAUCCCGCUCAAGACCAUCGUCUGCUGGACAGCUCUCACGCAAGCUUACGUCAACUUGGGUGAUCUCGGCGCCGCCAGGAGCGUGUUUGAGAGCAUGAAGAUGCGCAGCUUGGUUUCCUGGACGACCAUGGUGUGGGCUUACGCGCAAAACGAGCACUACGAUCGAGCAGUGGAGGUCUUCCAGCUUAUGAAUCUCGAGGGCGUCAAGCCGGACGAGGUGACGUUCCGGAGCGUUCUAACUUCGUGCAACAGCCAUGUCGGUCUCGUGGCCGAGGGCUGCAUCUUAAGUGGCGAUUCAUAUAUGCAGCAGCUUGAAACAAAGAAUUGGCGUCAGUUCGCGUUUGGCGCCAAACUUCGAGUUUUUAAAAUUUUAAAUCUAGGUCUAGGGCUUUUCUAG